GUCUGAGGGCAGAGCAAAGCUGCUCCAACUCCACUCGACGUUAGACAGCAGCGGCAUGGCACUCCGGGGAGUCUGCCUGCUCCUCUGCCUUCUCUCCCUCGCCCAGGUCUCCAGCCAGCAAAAUGGCAAAGUCCGGCAAAAACCAGCAGCUUCCAAGAAAGAGGGUGUGAGCCUCAAAAUGAUUGAAGACCUGAAGGCCAUGAUUGACAACAUCUCUCAGGAGGUUGUGUUACUGAAGGAAAAACAAGCACUCCAGACAGUUUGCCUGAAAGGCACCAAAAUUCACCUAAAAUGCUUCUUGGCAUUUUCGGAGACCAAGACUUACCACGAGGCCAGCGAAAACUGCAUCUCCCAAGGUGGCACACUCAGCACCCCCCAGAACGGGGAGGAGAAUGAUGCCCUCUACGACUACAUGCGGAAGAGUAUUGGCUCCGAGGUGGAGAUCUGGCUGGGCCUCAAUGACAUGGCAGCGGAGGGCAAGUGGGUCGACAUGACGGGCAGCCCCAUUCGCUACAAGAACUGGGAGACUGAAAUUACCACCCAGCCUGAUGGCGGCAAGCUGGAAAACUGUGCAGCCUUAUCAGGGGCCGCGGUGGGCAAGUGGUUUGACAAGAGGUGCAGAGACCAGCUGCCCUACGUCUGCCAGUUCAUGAUCGUGUAGUGGUGAUGGUUUCCCAUGACCCAGGUCUAACCCCUUGGCACCAAGAUUAUAAAGGUAUAGGGACGUGUACUCGUACAUGUACGUAUGCACACUCACACAUCUAUGUUCAAGUAGAGUCACUCUUUGCAAAGAAAGUCAUCACAGUUCGGUAUGAGAUUAGAGCACGUUAGAGCAUUUCAUUUGGCCACAUCCAGCCCCAUUAGCAGCUGCAUUGUUCUCCUAAGGCAAAAUUUAUAGAUAUAUUUUUUUACACAGGGAAUUUAUUAGGAUAGCUCAGAUGUUUUGGCAAAGACAGCAGACAGCUCCCCCAGCUGCCCAGGGCUGUCACUAUGCAGCAUCCUUUCCCACCUUGCUGAGCUUCUUUGGGACACCAGCAAAGCUAGUUCCCACUUUCUUCUCUUGUUUUGCUUCCUCAUAAGCCCUGGCAGCAAGGCUCGUGGGACUGAGGUCCUUGCCCUGCACAGCACCCAAAUUCAUAUACUCCUGGGGACUGAAGCCCUGGCUCAAUGAGCAGAGGGAGUCACACAUGCUUGGUGUCAAGAGAUACAAUCAGGCUUAUUGGCUGCAUAACAGCAGCCACUGGGUUGUCUGACUCUUCCAACUAUGCAGAUAAGUGAACUAGCAAGUAAAAGGCAUGGGUUGACUUACUGAGAAGGAGGAUGUUGUUUUUAGAAGCAUUCUCCAUUUUGUUGGUCCUUUUCUCAUCAGUCAGAGGCCAACGUUUCGCUCAUUUCAAUGCGACAGCUAGACACGCAGCCAGAUCCUUUAAAAGAAAAAAUACAUCAGAAGUUUUAUUUAUCCUCCAGCACCAUGGAGGAGGCAGUGACGACUUACAUGCUUGAAAAUAGAAGGUGAACAUAGUAGGUAAAUAACAGAAAUGUAAUGCAAUUAGGAAAGAGACUGCCACAUAAAAAACAACUGUCUAUUGAAAAUGAACCCAAGAACAAGUCACUUUAGCAGCUUUAGGAAUCCCCUGACCUAUUUCAGUGAUGCAAACCCAGCUGAAAUGCUCCUUUGUUGGUUCAGGCAAAGCCCUCAGAAAACAUGAAUCUGCUGAGUACUCUUUGGGCCAAUAAAGUCAUCCCUAGCUGAUGGCCUGGCCAAAGUAAAUUUUUGCUGAGGAAAGGGUUAAAAAAAAAAUAUAUAAAUAACUUGAAAUAAACAGCAAUGAUGAGAAAGAAGUUCAGGUCAUCCCAACAGCUUAACAAAACUUUGCACAGAUUUGCUGGCUGCAAGGUACCAGCGAUUCUUUGCAGUUCAAUGCUUGGUAAUAACCCCUCCAAUUUGGGUCACAUCCCCAGAACUGCCAGGGUGUUGGGUGUCAAGACAUGAUGUUCUUGGGGAACCCAUGGGAGAUAUAUUUCUAUUUGCUGUUUUCUUUAAAAACAGCACAAUGGUAGGUAUUCCAAGAUGUCAAGUGGGAGAUCCAAGCUGGAGGGAUCAAAAACCACAGGCACAUAGAGUGCACACUUCCAAGGCUGUCAGUAUUGCCAAACUCUCCGCUGUUCAAAUUACUAUAAAAUAAAUACAUAUAUAGCUUGCUGAAGGAAUGGAGUUGUGUCAAUGUGAUUGGAAUGUUUUCUUCUCGCAUUUCUCUUCAGAGCAGCUCAAAGGACCUGUCACAGUCAGAAAUAUCAAAGGCAGAGGGGAAGAGUGGAAAGUGAGAGCCUCUCACCCUGGGAUACGGUUUAGAGGAUUUCCACUUCUCCCUCUUAUCAUCCCAGUCACAUGCCACACGCAGGAUACAGGCAGGGAAUCCUUUCAUAGGCAAGCAAGAUUUCCUUCAUCCCCUCCUGUUGUUGUUGGGAAAUGUCACUCCAAAAUAUAAGCCAGCCUAGAAGAAAGGCCUUUCACUUGGUUUCAUUUGGCAGUGGUGCCAGCAGAGGUGGCACCUGAGAUCCCAGCAUGGAGCCAGCACUUCCCAGGCUGCCUUCCACCUCCUCUGCAAUGAGCAGAGCUGCAGUAGCACUGAGCAUCCCUCUCCUCCCCACACCGACAUGGUGAUGGCUUCUUCCUUCUGAUCCUCCUCCUCAGGGUCCUAUGAAGGAGAGAGACCAUACAUGAAGAAGCCAGUUCUUCACACCGGUCUGGGAGGUUUAAACUGUUGCAGAACUGCACAUGAAAUCCAUCUCUUUUGCACACGAGGAGAGCCCUUUUGCAGACUCUGGGCCCCGAUCCUGAAUGUUGCCAAGGCUUUUUGCUGUAGGUCAUGGUUACACACUACAAGCCAGCUUGUCUCAAUAUAAACCCUCUAGUUCCCUUGGCAGAAGAUCCCUCUGUGUUUUGAGAUACAUGAGUGCAAAGCAGCAAAGCUGGAAGUGUUGCUGGCUUUGAUCCUGACUGGUCAUAAACCACAAGGUCUUAAAACACAAAUGUGUGGUCAGAGAAAUAAACAGAGGGCUUUUGUUGGAGUCCAGAAACUAAAGAGGUGUGCUGUGACAGACACAGACGCUAGCAAUGCUGAGCUUCAGGGAAGACGUGGGUGCUGUAGCUGGACCAUCUCGCUGCUUGGAGUGCAAAUCUGAAAAACAUUUGUGGAGAUCAAUGCCAAAGGACAUUCCCAAAGAGGACAUUAAGAAGUCAAUCUGUCAAAAUCUAGAUAAUAACAAGUUGCACUCAGCAGAUUUCUUGCUGGUAUCUCUCUUGCACUCUAUUUUCACAUAACUGCACUCUUGCCAACAUUAUUCCUCACAGAUGUUUUUCUCUUCUGAAGCUGGAAGGAGCACGAGGAAGGGCUGGCAUUGCUCCUGCCCUAUUUGUUGGACUCACGAUGCCAAACCUGACCUUGCAGCUCCAGGGUUGCAUUCAUGAGUUUAAUAUUUUUCUACAUAUUUCUCCUUACUGUACAUUAUGAACUACAAAUUUUCUUUUAAAAGCCAAAGAAAAAGGAUUUCUGGAAGAGUC